UGCAGAAUUGGAGAAUAAUCUCCCCUCACCCUCACCCCCAAUUUCGUUUUGAUUAUUCUCUUCUUGCUGCUGCUGCAGCACUUUCUGUUUCCACCACUUGUUGCCAGCAGCAAGAACGAACGAAGCAGUUUUCUUUAUUGCUCGAGUGCCGCCCGCCGGCCCGCAUCUUUUACCCGACGAAUUUAUCCAAAUAUUAUAAAAAAAUUCCGAUUGUUGGAAUUCCGGGGUUAAGUUUGAGGAGACAAAUGCUUGGGUUUCACCAUGUGCAUUGGAGGUAUUGUAGCAGUUUUACAGCAUAUUAGUUGGAUCUGAGUUUCACGUUGAGUUUAUUUUAUUUGCCAUGGCCUCGAAGAUCGGCACGAGACCUCCCUUGGGAAUUCAACAGAAUGGUGUCUGUGCUUCGUAUGUGAUGAAGCCACAUGAUCUUAAAUCUUUCCAUUCUCAACUCUCCACCCUCAAUCAGGAGCUUAAUUCUGAAGUUACAGGUGAAGCUUCUGGUGGCUCAGUGGCCAUGGGGACCCCUAAACCCAAUGUCGAAUCCAAAACAUCUCAAUCAGCUCCUAAUGAUUCGACAAAUGUGCCUCCACCUGAAAUUAUCGAAGCUUCUGUUGACGAAGAAAAGGAAUCAUCGGAGCCGGACAGUGUCAAGAAUGGUGACGAAAAUAGUGGUAAAGUGAAUGAAAGUGGCAAAGCAAGCGGCCAAGGCGAUUUAGUCGAGAGUGGGAAGAGCAGCGUGUGCCGGGGAAGUACAGCUAGCGAUGUUAGCGACGAGAGCGCUUGCAGCAGCUUUAGCAGCUGCACAAACAAACCUCACAAAGCGAACGAUUCGCGAUGGGAAGCCAUUCAAGCAGUUUGUGGCAGAGACGGCGUCUUGGGAUUGAAUCAUUUCCGGCUGCUCAAGCGAUUAGGCUGUGGAGAUAUCGGAAGCGUUUAUCUCGCUGAAUUGAGCGGAACUAAGUGUUAUUUCGCGAUGAAAGUUAUGGACAAGGCUUCUCUUGCGAGCCGUAAGAAGCUUCUCCGCGCGCAGACUGAACGGGAGAUACUGCAGUCGCUCGACCAUCCCUUCCUCCCGACUCUUUACACUCAUUUUGAGACCGAUAAAUUUUCGUGUUUGGUGAUGGAAUUCUGCCCCGGAGGAGAUCUACACACUCUUCGACAGAGACAGCCCGGAAAAUACUUUUCCGAGCAAGCCGUGAAGUUUUAUGUUUCACAAGUUCUGCUAUCUCUGGAGUAUCUACACAUGCUCGGAAUUGUUUAUCGCGAUCUCAAGCCGGAAAAUGUUCUGGUCAGGGAUGACGGCCAUAUAAUGCUCUCUGACUUUGAUCUUUCGCUUCGAUGCGCUGUUAGCCCGACGCUCGUCAAGACUUCAUCUUUCGGUUCGGAUUCCCAGCAGCGAAAAAAUCAAGUGUACUGCACCCAGCCGGCUCCCUGCAUCGAACCUACAGCCUGCAUUAUUCAGCCGUCGUGCGUCGCUUCAACAACAUGCUUCUCAACUCGCUUCUUCUCGAGUAAAUCGAAAAAGGACAGAAAACCGAAGAAUGAAAUCGGCAAUCAAGUUAGCCCGUUGCCUGAGCUGAUCGCGGAGCCGAGCAAUGCUCGCUCGAUGUCGUUUGUCGGAACUCACGAAUAUCUCGCGCCCGAGAUCAUCAAAGGCGAAGGCCACGGAAGCGCCGUGGAUUGGUGGACUUUCGGGAUCUUUCUCUACGAGCUUAUGUUCGGUAAGACGCCGUUUAAAGGAUCCGGUAAUCGAGCCACAUUGUACAAUGUGGUAGGACAGCCUCUCCGGUUUCCUGAAUCGCCGGUCGUCAGCUUUGCCGCCAGGGACUUGAUCCGAGGUUUGCUCGUCAAAGAACCGAAACAAAGAUUAGCUUAUAAGCGCGGCGCAACUGAGAUAAAGCAGCACCCGUUCUUCGAAGGAGUUAACUGGGCAUUGAUACGUUGCGCCACUCCGCCGGAGAUCCCAAAGCCUGUCGACUAUGAUCGAAUCACUGCGCCAGCUGCUCCGGCCAACGGAAAGACUCCCAGCACCAAUGCUGAUCAGAAACCCGACAAAUAUCUCGAAUUCGACUUCUUCUAAAGGCCAGUGUCAUCUAAACAUCCUUCUUAUGUUACGGAGAAAAGACUAUUCAUUCAGGAAAUGCUUCGAAGUUAUGUUUUUCCAUUGAUUGGGAGAAGAAAUUUUAAGGCAUUGUAUUGUAGAACCAAUCAAAGUAGCUGUAAUCUUAUC